CCUAAAUGAGAUCUGACUCAGUGCUAUCAGCCUGGGUGCCACGGAGGGAAGUUGACCGACUGUCAAAAGUCCACAGACAUAAUGAACUCCUGACAUGCUCUCAGUCCAAUGGUCAACAUCGCCCUGCUGGCCCUCGGAUGCCUGCGCCGCCGCUCUUGCUCAAAGCAGCCAGUCUGCGCGAGGACUUGAAAGCCGAGUGAGCGCGCGGCAGCCAACUACGCGUGUUGAUUUCUAUUUGGCUUUAAGAAGAGGAGCAGCUGAAAGUUAGGCCGAGGGGACCGCAGGCAUGUCUGAACCGAGGAGAUUUGUGAGUCCGUUCCACAGACCGCAGUUUGUGGCAGCCGCGGCUCCGGCGGGGAAAGCCAAGCUAACGCACCCGGGCAAGGCUAUCCUGGCAGGUGGGAUAGCAGGAGGCAUUGAGAUCUGCAUCACCUUCCCAACAGAGUAUGUAAAGACACAGCUGCAGCUCGACGAGAAAGCCAACCCUCCUAAAUACAGAGGAAUUGUGGACUGCGUGAAGCAGACGGUGAACAGCCAUGGGGUGAAGGGGCUCUACCGAGGCCUGAGCUCGCUGCUGUAUGGCUCCAUACCCAAAGCAGCCGUCAGAUUUGGGGUGUUCGAGUUCCUCAGUAAUAAAAUGCGAGAUGAGAGCGGGAAACUAGACAGCAAGCGAGGAUUCGUCUGCGGCCUUGGAGCCGGCGUCGCGGAGGCUGUGUUUGUAGUCUGUCCGAUGGAGACCGUCAAGGUGAAAUUCAUCCAUGAUCAGACAUCAGCUAACCCAAAGUAUAAAGGAUUUUUUCAUGGGGUCAGGGAGAUUAUAAGAACUCAGGGACUAAAGGGAACCUACCAGGGGCUGACUGCCACCGUGCUAAAACAGGGCUCCAAUCAGGCCAUCCGCUUCUAUGUCAUGACCUCGCUGAGAAACUGGUACAAAGGUGACAACCCCAACAAAGCCAUCAACCCAUUGAUAACUGGGCUGUUUGGAGCUUUUGCUGGCGCUGCCAGUGUCUUUGGAAACACUCCGCUGGAUGUGAUUAAGACCAGGAUGCAGGGACUCGAAGCCCACAAGUACAAAAGCACCGUUGACUGUGCAGUUAAAAUCAUGAAAUAUGAAGGACCAAAGGCGUUCUACAAAGGUACCGUUCCUCGCCUGGGCCGGGUGUGUCUGGAUGUUGCCAUAGUCUUCAUCAUCUACGAGGAAGUCGUCAAGGUCUUGAACAUUGUGUGGAAGACGGACUGAACCGGGCGCCUCGGUGCUACAUUAACUGGAGUGCUUUGAGAGUAACUAAAACAACCCUGGCUUCUACCUUCUAAUGUCGACUACCUCCAAGUAUUUUCAGACAGAAAAAAAAAAAGCAACGAGCUGGUUAAAUACUUUUUUUUUUUUUUCUCCAUAGCACAGCAGCAGCGUUGCAGGAAACCGGUGCUCACAGUUGCUCUUUCCCCCCACCUAAGAUUUCCCACAGGGCGAUCUUGCUUAAAAGCUCAGGGAAAAACGAGCAAUACAUUUAUUUAGAUCCGCUCUGCUAAAAGAGAUACGAGCACUCACGGCCCAAGCUACUGCUCUGUGCACUUAAUAAAAAAAAAAAAACUAACAGCCAACCCCUUAUAAUGUGAUUUAAACACUAGAAGAAAAAAAUAUAUAUACUUGAAGAAGAAAAAAACUCAAAUAUAGCAUUUUAAAGCCCUUUUUUAACAAGAGAUUUUAUUAGUUUGGUACCUAAUGCAACGAAAAAUAAUGAACAUUCAGAUGUAAUAUGCUGCUGGGGGAUAAAUAAAUUGAGAACUAAAUGCCUUAAUCCUAGAAUGUUAAAAUAUGUAGAUUGUGUUAGAGGUGUAAUUUAACAAUAUGGUCGUAUGAAAAUAUGCUUAAGAUGCACACAUCCUUUAAGGAGGAGGGUUUGCCUUUAAUUUGUAAAGAGCUUUUACUGUUUAUUUACUUGAUGCCCUAAGAAGUGCCUGCAUUUGUGUGGUUCAUUCUGAGCCUGAGGAAGAGAGGAAGAUGUGCUUUGUCACUACAGAGUUCAGGAGUGUGCUCGGUUUGAAGCGCUGCUGUUAUUUCCCGCAGCAGUGCCUAAAGUAUUUCUAAAGCUUUUCACAGCGUCUCAGCCCGUCUGCAUCGGCAUCAAUGUUCCUUCAUACUUAUUGAAAUUGUACAUUUUGCUUUUAACGUGUUUCAGUUUCAACUACGGGUGCCUUUCAUCUCAUUCCCACAAGCUUUUAAUGCAGAUAUUUAGUUUCUGACUGUCUAAAGCUAAUUGCCUUUACCAUUUACACCAACUGAGGACCUAAUGUGCCAACCGCUGCUCAUAACAGAGUUCUGUGUUAUGGACUAAGAGCUUGUAAAUUGUGAAACUGGCUUGUUUACAUGCAGUGCUAAUACUUCCUUUGCCGACUUCGUGUACAACACAGUAUGUUAACUGUGAAUUGUUAUUAUUUUUUUUAUGUUUCGUGUUAAUCUUUUAACCCUGGACUUCCAUCACAGCUAUUUAAAUGUAUCUGGGGGUGUUCAGAAUAACAGUGAAUUUGUUCACAAUCCAUAGAACAUCAUAUUGUGCCUUAGGUCUCAUUAUUUCCUCUAUGCAUGCUCACAAAUAAACAUGGAUCAGACUGUUU